UCACCAGCAGAUUUGUCAACCAACGGCCAUUUUGUUGACGAGUGAUGCCGGUUUUUGUUAUCGAUUUAUAAUUUGUACACAAAUGUGAAGUGCAAGGUUUAUUUGCAAAAACAUUGGUGUUUUUCAUCACUGUGAACUUCAAAUUGCGUGAUGAUCGACUAAAGCCAGCAUAAUGAGUAAAAGGAGACGAACGAGUUCUAUAGCCAGUAGGGGCCAAGAAGACGAUUCUUUGGAUAGUCUAGAGGCUUCGACUAGUACAGGACCUACGAUGCGAAAACGCAGCAAAAAAUUAGAUCCUAUGGAGCUUUGUCAACAGUUGUAUGACUCAAUUCGUACUCAUAAAAAAGACGAUGGGACUCUUCUUUGUGACUCUUUUAUUCGAGUACCGAAACGUAGACAAGAACCGGGUUAUUAUGAGGUUGUGUCAAAUCCGAUUGACUUGUUAAAAGUACAACAAAAACUGAAAACUGAAGAAUAUGAAGAUAUCGAGGAUUUGCAAAACGAUAUCGAGUUGAUUGUCAGUAAUACUAAAGCUUUCUAUAAAAAGAAUUCACAGGAGUAUAGGGAUGCCAUAGAUUUGUGGGAUCUGUUCCUCACCAAUAAGCAUAAAUUGCUCAAUACCAAAGACGAUGAUUCUGAAAGUAAGGGAAAAAUCGUAUUAAAAGUCGGAAGACCGAGCAAAAAAGCCGGCACUCCGGUGGAAACCAAAGAACUUGAUCACUCUGAGGAUACUUCAGAGAGUUCAAAUUUCGACGACGAUGUUAAUUUAUACGAGGAGUUAUUCAGUUGUGUCAUGACAGCUACUGACAAUGAAAAUCGACCACUUCACACUUCUUUCCAGUUAAUUCCCUCAAAGAAAAAAUAUCCCGAAUAUUACGAAGUAAUCGAACAACCGAUUGAUCUGAAAAUGAUUGCAACAAAAAUACAAAAUAACGAUUAUUGCAGCUUGGCAGAGCUCGAGAAAGAUUUGUUAUUAAUGUGCAAAAACGCCUGUCUCUUUAAUGAACCAGGAUCGCAAAUUUACAAAAACGCGAAAGCGCUAAAAAAGAUAAUUCAAAGUAAAAAAGCCGAAUUGGAACAUAUUAAAAUUAAUUUGGGGAAAAGUAGCGAACGGAUUAGGAAUAAGAGAUUGAAGUGUAGUACAUCGUUAUCUGCGGUCACUGCAGCCCUUAGGGAUGACGAGUCGGACGCUGAGGUUGAACCAGAGGAACAAAUGGAUGAUGAUUCAAUAGCCGACCCUCUCGACGUCGAGGAUCCUCAAUGGCAAUUAUUUGAAGCUGUAAGAUCAGUAACAAGCAAUAACGGGGUUUCGUUGAGCGAACCCUUUUGGAAGUUGCCCUCGAAACGUUUCUAUCCCGAUUAUUACCGCGAAAUCAAAAAUCCUGUUUCUUUGACUCAAAUCAAACGAAAAUUGACCAAACACGCCUAUGGCACGAUAAGUGAAGUGGCCGGUGACAUGACCAUAAUGUUUGAGAAUGCCAAAAAAUAUAACUUACCGUCAUCAAGGUUGUAUAAAGACGCUGUCAAGUUGCAAAAGGUCAUGCAAAUGAAAGUACAAGAACUACUUGACAUUGAUCAGGUAACAUACAGAGUCACUAACAAAAACCGAAAGGAUACAGACAGUGAGGCAGACUCUGAAGUCGUUAUACGCAAAAAGCCAGGACCUAAACCAAAAAGUACACAAUCGAGUGGAAACACGCCUCAAAGAGGUCGUCCACCUCGAGAUCCAAUCCCUCUAAAAAAACGUUUACAUGCUUUAGCGAAAUAUAUGCUCGACUAUACUUGUGAAGACGGCCGAAAGCCGAUGCUCGGCUUCAUGGAAAAACCCUCGAAAAAAUUAUAUUCGGAAUAUUACGAAGUCAUUUCGGAACCGAUCGAUUUCCUUGAAAUUGAGCAAAAAAUACGCGCAGAUCAGUACAGUUCCGAAAGUGACUUAGUCAAAGAUUUUAAAUUGAUGUUUUCGAAUUGUCGACAAUUUAACGAGGAAAAUUCACCAAUUUACGAAGAUUCGCUCGUUUUGGAAAAGUAUCUCAUGGAUAAAGUUGGUCAUAGUGUAACACCGGAAAAGAAAGAAAAAACUGUAGUCCGAGUUGUUAAACCGCGGAAAAUUCUUUCACCGAUUGAAAAAAAUUUACGCACUUUAUAUGACGCAAUCAGGGAUUAUCGGGAACCCAAAGCCAACAGACAGUUAUCACUGAUCUUUAUGAAGUUGCCAUCAAAAAUAGACUACCCCGACUAUUACGAAGUGAUCAAAAACCCCAUCGAUAUGGAAAAAAUCUCACAAAAGCUAAAAAGUAACUCUUACGAGACCCUCGACGACAUGGUCUCCGAUUUUAUCCUAAUGUUUGAUAACGCGUGCAAAUACAACGAACCCGAUUCGCAAAUUUACAAAGACGCUUUAGUCCUUCAAACCGUCUGUCUUCAAACCAAACUCCAACUCAAAGAAGACGAUGAUACGGUGCCUGACGUCUCCGCCGCCGUUCAAGACAUUCUUUUGAACCUUUUCACCAACGUUUACAACCAUCAAGACGCGGAGGAACGUUGCUAUUCAGAUUCGUUGGCUGACUUACCCGAACACGACGAAAUCGAUGGAAAAAAGGUCCGAGCGGUGUCUUUGGAUUUGAUCAAGAGACGGCUUGAUCGCGGUUUGUAUAAAAGGUUAGACACGUUUCAAGACGAUGUUUUUGCGUGUUUGGAUCGAGCAAGGCGAUUGUCACGCUCGGAUUCACAAGUUUUUGAAGAUUCUAUCGAAUUGCAGUCUUAUUUUAUUAAACAAAGAGACGAGUUGUGUAAAAGUGGGGAAUUGUUACAAUCGCCGGCUUUAAAUUACACUCUUAUGGAUUUAACCUCAGCUGUGGAGUCUCUGAGACAGAGUAAAUUACUAGAGGAGUCAUUGGAGGAGGAAACAGAGACUAGGAGUUCCGAUGAUUCGAUUAUCAAAGAAACUAAUAUAAAUGUCGGGGAAUCGUUGACUUGCAAUCAACAGACUUUCAAAGUUGGUGAAUUCGUUUAUUUGGAUUCGAAAGAAAAAGGUUGCGACCCUCACAUUUUACUAAUCGAGCGUUUGUGGACAAAUAACGGCCAACAAAUGCUCUACGGGAAUUAUUAUUUAAGACCUGCGGAAACUUUUCACGUGACUACACGAAAAUUUCUCGAAAAAGAAGUUUUCAAGUCUGACACACACAUUGCCGUGCCUUUGGAAGAGGUCAAAGAGCGCUGUUGUGUCCUCAGCAUCAAACAAUACUUCACUAUGAAACCCGAAGGUUACGACGAGAAAGACGUUUAUGUUUGUGAGUCUCGUUACAGCACUCGGAGUCGUAGUUUCAAAAAAAUUAAAAUGUUCCCGGAAAAUCCCUCACUGAAACUAAUCCAGAGGGAGGUUCCCCUCGAACCGAAACGAGUCGUUUCCGUUUUCCGGGAACGAAUCGAGAAACACAAAGACGAACUCGCCGAAUUACAAGAACAAGAAAAACUAGUUGAGAAAGACAAACCUAAUGUUGUGCUCUAUACAAAUUUGGAAAUUGACGAUGGUAACACUUAUUACGAGCAGUACAAUACGAUUUGUAGCGGAGUUGUGAAAACUGGUGAUUUUGUUUACGUUGCUGCUGAUGGUGGGAGACAAAUGAUUGCACAAAUUGACAGUAUUUGGGACACGAAAGAUGGGAAGUGUUAUUUCCGUGGGCCGUGGUUCGUCACGCCGAAUGAAAUUCCGCAUUCACAUAAUCGAUUAUUUUAUAAACAGGAAGUGUUUUUGUCGUCGAUGGAAGACACGAAUCCGCUUGUGAGCAUCAUGGGAAAGUGUGCGGUGCUUGAAUUUAAUGAGUAUAUUUCGUGUCGUCCGACUGAAAUACCCGAAAGUGAUAUUUUUAUUUGUAAUUCACUCUACGAUGAGAUUAAUCGCCAAAUUAGUAAAUUACCGGUCGAAGGUAUAAAAAAAUAUUAUCACAGUUCUUUGGUUACGGAAGAUGAAAUUUACUAUUUUCCCAAACUAAUAAAUGCGCCAAAAGAGGCCUCACCUCAACUUACGAAGAUGAACGACAUGGAUAUAUUAAUGGACGACUCGCUAGAUGGAGGGCCACCUUCGGUAGGUUCAGGGGAAAUACCGGUAAUCACAGCGACGCCUGGUACUUCAUUAACUACCCCGGUUUCAACCAAAAAGAAACCUAACAAAAACAAAGUUGUGACCGGUUAUAUUUUGUAUUCGCGUGAAGUACGUAAACAAGUCGUGCAAAACAACCCUGAUUCGAAUUUUGGCGAAAUUAGCAGAAUUGUGGGUAACGAAUGGCGAUCGCUUCCGGCCAAUGAGAAGCAAGCGUGGGAGGAACGAGCAUCGAAAUUGAACGAGGAGACAAAAGCUAUGCUCUUAUUGGACGAGCAGUGUGCAAGCCCCGCUCCGCCUAAUCCCGAUACGGUUUAUGAAUGUAUGUGGGAUAGUUGCGAUUUCCAGUUCGAGGAAUUGCAAGAUUGCAUGGAUCACUGUAUUAAGGACAGUAAGGAGUCUCAAGGGCAUGUCCAGAGUUAUUUCCAGGCGAAUCCCGACGCCGAAUUGCACUGUCAAUGGAAGGGUUGUUUGAGAAACAACAAGAAAAAUAUCCAGCCGUUUCCGAAUUUAGCGCGAUUGGUGCGCCAUGUCCGCGAUAUGCAUAUAAACAAAGUGAAGGGACGGGUGAUUCCCCAAGGAGAUCGCAGCAAGAACUUCAAGCCUUCCAGUAAGCCUGCGGCUGUUUCACGCCCGACCCCCACUGCUACUCCUAAUCCUCCUGCUAGUAACACCUUUAAUUCAACUGCUGGACAACACUCAACUACGAGUAACUCAGCAAAUUCAAACUCAGCGUCUGCGCCGGCCCAGAAACAAGAGCCGAUGUUUAUAACUGUGCCACCAAGGCCCCAACGAGUCUUACAUUCGGAGGCUUACAUAAAAUACAUUGAGGGACUUCAAGCCGAUAAUAAACACAUUACAAACUGGGAAAAAACAUUAUGUGCCACUCAAGAAAACAUUCCGACACCGGAUUUAGAUAAGUUACAAAACGUAACGACCUGGUUGGGCAAAAAAGCCGAUCAACAAGACAAUGUCGUGUCAGCAUUAUGGGCAUUGAGGAACAGAUUAUUACGAGAUACUUUAAGUUUGCAAAAAGCAUUGUAACUGUCUCGAAUUAUUUUUUGUAGUAUUAUGUGACAUGUUCGUGAAUAAAGAUCAAGUAUUUGAGA